AUGGAUUUGUCCAGCAUGACCACACUUCUGUUGUUAAUGCUGUUGCAGAUCAACAAUGCAGUAUCGAAUGUUGAGGAAAUCCAGACGUACAUCAUUCACAUGGAUCAUUCCCACAAACCCGAAUCGUUCUUAACGCACGAAGCGUGGCACAAGUCCACCGUAAAGUCAUUGUCGUCUUCGUCUCCUGCAGAAAACGGUGAUGGCAGUGAAAUGUUGCUGUACUCAUACAGCCAUGUCAUGCAUGGGUUCAGUGCAAGGCUCACUCCUUCUCAGUUGUCUAGAUUGGAGAAAUCCCCGGCUCAUGUUGCCACGUAUCCCGAGUCUUUUGGCAAGAUGUUCACAACUCACAGCCCUAAGUUUCUUGGACUUAGGCAGAACCUCGGUCUAUGGCCUAAUGCCUCAUUUGGCCAAGAUGUGAUCAUAGGAAUUAUUGAUACAGGAAUUUGGCCAGAAAGUGAGAGUUUCAGCGAUAAGGGAAUGUCAGAGGUGCCAUUAAGAUGGAAAGGCGUGUGCGAGAAUGGAACUGCAUUCACCACGUCUCUUUGCAACAAGAAGCUCAUUGGUGCUCGAUCUUUCAGCAAAGGGCUCGAAGCUGCAGGCAUACCGAUUUCCAGACAAUAUGACUAUGAUUCGCCGAGAGACUUCUUCGGUCACGGAACACACACAUCAUCGACAGCUGCAGGCAACCAUGUGCUCAGUGCAAGUCAUUUCGGAUAUGCAAAGGGCACGGCAAGAGGGGUGGCGCCACGCGCCCACGUUGCCAUGUACAAGGUCUUGUGGGCGACAGAUUCAGAAGAGAGUGCAGCUAGUGAUGUGCUUGCCGGGAUGGAUCAGGCGAUUUCUGAUGGUGUUGAUAUCAUGUCACUGUCUCUUGGCUUCGACGUCUCUCCUUACUACAAUGAUAUAAUUGCCAUCAGUUCUCUUUCAGCAGUUGAGAAGGGAAUUGCUGUUGUAUGUGCUGCUGGGAAUGAUGGUCCUUCUGAUAACUCAACACAUAAUGGAGCACCCUGGAUCACAACAGUAGGAGCUGGCACACUUGAUCGUACUUUCACUGCAACAUUGACUCUAGACAACGGCUACACAGUUGAAGGAGAAUCAUACUUCCCCGAAAGCGUUUACAUUGCUGAUAAACCGUUAUACUACGGGAAAGACAGCGUUAGCAAAUCAACGUGCAACUUUGGGGCAUUAGAUCACAAAGAAGUGGCUGGAAAAGUAGUCUUCUGUGAUAAUCCCCAGGGGGGUGACAUUGAUGGACAACUUGAAGAGGUAAAAAACGCAGGCGCUUACGCUGCAAUCUUUGUGUCAGAUAUGCCAGAUUUGUACGCUGAAGACUUCACCAUUCCUGCUUUGGUUCUACCAAUGGCGAAAGGCUCUUUAAUUAAGGAGUAUGCAACAAGAGCCAAUACAACUAAAGUUAAAACCCUUACCUUUUUGCACACCAAUUUGGGGACAAAACCGGCACCGGAAGUAGCGUCUUUCUCUUCAAGAGGACCUGACCCCAUCACCCCAAGCAUUCUAAAACCCGACAUUCUUGCUCCCGGUGUUGAUGUACUCGCUGCAGUUGCACCUAACAAGAUGUUGAUGGAAGUAAACAACUAUAAUUUGGCUUCAGACUAUCAACUAAUGUCAGGGACAUCAAUGGCAGCACCCCAUGUUGCAGGAGUUGUAGCUCUCCUAAAGGCUGUUCACCGCGAAUGGAGCCCUGCUGCCAUUCGAUCAGCGAUCAUGACCACAGCGUAUAACCUCGACAACACUAGAACCACCAUAAAAGACCAACGAGACGGUCUUGCUGCCACACCUUUACAAUUCGGUGCAGGCCAUAUCAACCCGAACAGAGCCAUGAAUCCUGGACUCGUCUAUGACAUGGAUGUGCAGGAUUAUAUCGAGUUUCUAUGUGGCCUCGGAUACACUACCAAGCAGAUGAGCGCUGUGAUCCGACGAAAUCAAUGGAGUUGCAGGCAACAACCUACUGAGCUAAACUACCCUUCUUUUAUAGCCAUCUUCAACAGCACAGACAACUCUCCGAAAGCAAAAAACUUUACCAGGGUUGUGACAAAUGUGGGAGAUGAUGCAUCAAGUUACUUUGCAUUCUUGGAGGUUCCUAAAGGAAUGAAGAUCGCAGUGGAGCCUAGCACUCUAACAUUCACGGGACAGAAUCAAGAACAAGGUUUCGUGUUGAGAGUAGAGAUCGAUAGCAACGCUCCGAAGGUGACGUAUGGGUAUCUGAAAUGGAUUGAUCAACAUAACCACAUAGUAUCAAGCCCGGUAGUGGUCGUAAAUUACUAG